GCACGUAAUACUUACGCGGAAUACUACCAGAUACUACGGACAACUCUCUACAAUAGAGGAUCCAAUUUUUCAACUGGAAGCGACCGAUUCUCUCCUAAAUCACUCGCGCAUCGUGUUUGGUAAUUAUGCGAGGGGCCGGGGGCAAUUAACGUGCCGGGCCCCAGGUACAGUGAUGCCGGGAUUAGAGGAGAGCAUUUGGUUCGACACGAGUGCACCAGCGCACAGCCUAAUGUCCGAUGGAGUCGCCUCGGAACAAGUGAAAAAAUUCAUUUUCACGUCGUGCUCAUUGUCGGAAGACGAGCAGCAAGACGAGUCUCUGGAAGUCUACAUACCCGAGCUGCUUCAGGCAAGUUACAGCUUCUAUACUUGGCCAUCUGCUCCGGUUCUCGCGUGGUUCCUCUGGGAGCAACGCAACGAGCUAGUCGGAAAGAGGGUUUUGGAACUUGGGUCUGGUACUGCGUUACCAGGAAUUGUUGCGAGUAAGUGCGGAGCUUCGGUUAUUCUCAGUGAUUCGGCCAGUUUCCCUAAGAGUCUACAACACAUAAAACGUAGUUGCGAGUUGAAUGGAGUAUCCUCACGAGUCAAGGUCAUAGGUAUUACCUGGGGGCUUUUCUUGUCGGGCUUAUUCUCCAUCGGUCCAUUGGAUCUGAUAUUAGGCUCGGAUUGUUUCUACGAGCCAACGGUGUUUGAAGACAUUGUUGUGACGGUUGCGUUUCUCUUGGAGAGAAACCCAAGUGCAAAGUUCCUAUGUACGUAUCAGGAAAGAAGCGCGGACUGGUCUUUGGAACAUCUUUUGAAUAAGUGGGGCCUUGCUUGUACCCACAUUCCUCUGGCCGAAUUGGGAGCAAAGGCUGGGUUAAAUGUGCACGAGUUGAUGCAAGAUCAUACAAUUCAUUUGCUAGAUAUCCGAAGAAUUCGUUGAGAUUAAAGGCUAAUAACAUGGGUCGUGUGAAGGU